UCGCCAGUGAAGGUCUGCUUUCCGAAUAGACUAGUAAAAACAUCCCAAUUGAGUAUCGAUGAGGAGGAGAUCCACGGAGAUGGACCGGCGCCUGCGAUUAGUUUCCAAUUCCGAACGAAUACUGGAAAACGAAGUUUUACCUCCAGACGUCUUGAAAGUGAUCGUGGUCAAAGAGGAGCAGCAGGAGUGGAGCUCGGAACCCGAGCGGGUCGAUCUCCAUCCGGCACGCGUUCAAGACGAAGAGAACAAACUGAACCGAAGCGAUUUCUCGUUGCCACGCGUUCCCGUGAAGAGUGAAGGUGACCGCAGCCCUCCUACGUCACAUCACAGCCUAACCGGCAGCCCGGCCCGGCGAGUGGCAACAGAAUCGGACGAAGACCGCAAUGGGGGGUUAGAAAUGGACCCUAAAUUCCAUACAUUGCACAUGGACGCCGGCACUUCUGCCUCCUCUGACACGGACGACAGCGAACCCUCGAAGAGUAACGAGCACUCUGGAGGCGCGCAGACGAGGCUCCCCCCUUCCAAGAAACGCUUCGACUGCUCCGAAUGCGACAAAACAUUCGAUCACAAGCGCAACCUCAAGAGACACAUGAGGCGCCACACGGGGGAGAAGCCCUUCUGCUGCUCCGUGUGCGGCAAAACCUUCCGCCAGCGCUCCAACCUUGUGGUGCACUCCCGCACUCACACGGGCGUCAAGCCCUUCGCCUGCCGGCUGUGCGACACCAGCUUCAGCCAACGCAUCUCGCUGGUGCUGCAUGUGAGAACGCACACCGGGGAGAAGCCCUUCCCGUGCUCGGUGUGCGGGGAGCGCUUCUCUCGGAAGGGGACCAUGAUGUCGCACAUGCGGAGGCACACGGGUGAGAAGCCGUUUGGGUGUGGCGCCUGCGAAAAACGCUUCGCCUUCAAGUGUCAGGUCAGCAAACACAAGUGCGUUGGUGCCAACGGCAGCGCGACAUGAACGCAUUGGACUCCUCGUUGUGUGUUGUCUUUUUCAGGUCUGCCCGAUUGUUGUUAGUCUUCCUAGUCAGCAACUUACAGCUCUUACAUCCUCUUAGUCCGGUCUGUCCCUUUCGCUGCUUCUAUAACCGCGACCAGAUGUUCACUUUGUUGUGAUCCAUGUUGAGGAACAUGUACCUUGUAUUAAAUGCAUUGGCAUCUUGCCACCGCUGCAUGGCCAUAGGAUCAUGAUUGCGUAAUUGUUGUAUUCUGUGACUAAUAAAUAUAUAUUUUUGUACCGAAGUGUUUUAAAGAUAAUCUAUAUCAGGGGUCUCAAACUCAAUUUACCUGGGGGCCACUGGAGCUAGGGUCUGGGCAAGGCUGGG